GCAUUUUGUUCUGAGAGGGAGAGACGGAACGAGAGAGAGACACACACAGGGCUCCUUCCCCCCCGCCCUCCCCCCCUCCCUCCGUCGGUACCGACUCACCCGACACCACCAAGCCGCAGGGAGGGACGCCCCCGCCGACAGGAGGAUUGGUUCCCGGGCUGGUGGCGAUGCCCCCCCGGUAGCUCGGGCCCUUGCUUGGGUGUUUGUGAGUGUUUCUAUGUGGGAGAAGGAGGAGGAGGAAGAAGAAGGAGCGAUUUGUCUUCUCGGCUGGUCUCCCCCCGGCUCUACAUGUUCCCCGCACUGAGGAGACGGAAGAGGAGCCGUAGCCACCCCCCCUCCCGGCCCGGAUUAUAGUCUCUCGCCACAGCGGCCUCGGCCUCCCCUUGGAUUCAGACGCCGAUUCGCCCAGUGUUUGGGAAAUGGGAAGUAAUGACAGCUGGCACCUGAACUAAGUAUUUCUAUAGGCAACACCAUUCUAGAACUUCAGGAUGAAUGGGGAUAUGCCCCAUGUCCCCAUCACUACUCUUGCGGGGAUUGCCAGUCUCACAGACCUCCUGAACCAGCUGCCUCUUCCAUCUCCUUUACCUGCUACAACUACAAAGAGCCUUCUCUUUAAUGCACGGAUAGCAGAAGAGGUGAACUGCCUUUUGGCCUGUAGGGAUGAUAAUUUGGUUUCACAGCUUGUCCAUAGCCUCAACCAGGUAUCAACGGAUCACAUAGAAUUGAAAGAUAACCUUGGCAGUGAUGAUCCAGAAGGUGACAUACCAGUCUUGCUGCAGUCCGUUCUGGCAAGGAGUCCUAAUGUUUUCAGGGAGAAAAGCAUGCAGAACAGAUACGUACAAAGUGGAAUGAUGAUGUCUCAGUAUAAACUUUCUCAGAAUUCCAUGCACAGUAGUCCUGCAUCUUCCAAUUAUCAACAAACCACUAUCUCACAUAGCCCCUCCAGCCGGUUUGUGCCACCACAGACAAGCUCUGGGAACAGAUUUCUGCCACAACAAAAUAGCCCAGUGCCUAGUCCAUAUGCCCCACAAAGCCCUGCAGGAUACAUGCCAUAUUCCCAUCCUUCAAGUUAUACAACACAUCCACAGAUGCAGCAAGCAUCAGUGUCAAGUCCCAUUGUUGCAGGUGGUUUGAGAAAUAUACAUGAUAAUAAAGUUUCUGGUCCGUUGUCUGGCAAUUCAGCUAAUCAUCAUGCUGAUAAUCCUAGACAUGGCUCAAGUGACGACUACCUACACAUGGUGCACAGGCUAAGUAGUGACGUAUGUAACAUAUUAGUAUCAUUAAGGCUGUUGAUUCUUUUGGAUACAAUUCCAAUUCUCCUAAGAUAUACCAAGAAGAAAACAGGGAAGUUCAGAAGAAUUAUGCUUUUGAAUAUCAACACUUUACCUGAUGGAGAUUCUUCAACAAUGAGGAAUGCAGCACCUUUUCCCUUGAGGUCUCCACAACCAGUAUGUUCUCCUGCUGGAAGUGAUGGAACUCCUAAAGGAUCAAGACCACCUUUAAUCCUACAAUCUCAGCCUCUACCUUGUUCAUCACCUCGAGAUGUUCCACCAGACAUAUUGCUAGAUUCUCCAGAAAGAAAACAAAAGAAACAAAAGAAAAUGAAAUUGGGCAAGGAUGAAAAAGAUCAGAGUGAGAAAGCUGCAAUGUAUGAUAUCAUUAGUUCUCCAUCAAAGGACUCUACUAAACUUACAUUAAGACUUUCUCGUGUAAGGUCUUCAGACAUGGACCAGCAGGAGGAUAUGCUUUCUGGUUUGGAAAAUAGCAAUGUUUCGGAAAAUGAUAUUCCUUUUAAUGUGCAGUACCCAGGACAGACUUCAAAAACACCCGUUACUCCACAGGAUGUAAACCGCCCACUAAAUGCUGCUCAGUGUUUGUCGCAGCAAGAACAAACAGCAUUCCUUCCAGCAAAUCAAGUGCCUGUUUUACAACAGAACACUUCAGUUGCUACAAAACAACCCCAGACUUCUGUGGUACACAGUCAGCAACAGGUAUCACAACAGGGGCCCAUCUAUGAUGAAGUGGAAUUGGAUGCAUUGGCUGAAAUUGAGCGAAUAGAAAGAGAAUCAGCUAUUGAAAGGGAGCGCUUUUCAAAAGAAGUUCAGGAUAAAGAUAAGCCUUUGAAAAAAAGAAAACAAGAUUCUUACCCACAGGAGGCUGGGGGUGCUACAGGAGGUAAUAGACCAGCUUCUCAGGAGACAGGUUCUACAGGAAAUGGGUCAAGGCCAGCAUUAAUGGUUAGCAUUGAUCUUCAUCAGGCAGGAAGAGUGGACUCUCAGGCUUCUAUAACUCAGGAUUCAGACACCAUAAAAAAGCCUGAAGAAAACAAACAGUGUAAUGAUGCACCAACUUCAGUUCUUCAGGAAGAUAUUAUUGGAAGUCUUAAAUCUACACCAGAAAACCAUACUGAGACACCUAAAAAAAAGUCUGAUCUUGAGCUUUCAAAGAGCGAAAUGAAACAAAAUGAAAGUAGACUGACUGAAUCUAAACCAAAUGAAAACAGAUUGUUGGAGGCAAAAUCAAGCGAAAGUAAGUUAGAAACUAAAAUUGAGAUGCAAACGGAGGAAACUAAACAGAAUGAGAGUAGAAUGACUGAAUCCAAACAGAAUGAGAGCACUGUAGCUGAGCCUAAACAGACUGAAAGUAAACUGGCUGACACAAAACCAAAUGGCAACAAACAAAAUAAUGGCAGAUCAGAAACAACAAAGUCAAGACCUGAAACCCCAAAGCAGAAGGGAGAAAACCGGCCAGAAACUCCAAAGCAAAAGAGUGAUGGGCAUCCUGAAAUUCUAAAACAGAAGGGUGAUGGGUGGCCUGAAACUCCAAAGCAGAAAGGUGAGGGCCGUCCUGAAACUCCAAAGCAAAAAAAUGAGGGCCGGCCAGAAACACCAAAACAUAGGCAUGAAAAUAGGAGGGAUGCUGGAAAGCCAUUAGCAGAGAAAAAACCUGAAGUCUCUAAACAUAAACAGGAUGUUAAAUCUGAUUCACCUCGGUUAAAAUCAGAACGAGCUGAAGCCUUAAAGCAGAGACCUGAUGGACGAUCUAUUUCUGAGUCUCAAAGACGUGACCAUGAUAGUAGACAAAAGUCAGAUGACAGGGGUGAAUCAGAGCGACAUCGUGGGGAUCAGUCUAGAGUUCGAAGACCAGAAACACUGAGAUCGUCUAGUAGAAAUGAACAUGGCAUUAAAUCUGAUGGUUCAAAAACUGAUAAAUUUGAAAGAAAACACAGGCAUGAAUCAGGGGACUCACGGGAAAGACCAACUUCUGGGGAACAAAAAUCAAGACCUGACAGUCCUCGUGUUAAACAAGGAGAUUCUAAUAAAUCAAGACCUGAUAAACCUGGUUUUAAAUCACCAAAUAAUAAAGAUGACAAAAGGACAGAGGGUAACAAGAGUAAAAUAGACAGCAAUAAAACGCACCCUGACAAUAAAGCAGAAUUUCCAAGUUAUUUGUUGGGGGGCAGAUCUGGUGCAUUGAAAAAUUUUGUCAUUCCAAAAAUCAAGAGGGAUAAAGAUGGCAAUGUUACUCAGGAGACGAAGAAAAUGGAAGUGAAAGGAGAACAGAAAGAUAAAGUAGAAAAAAUGGGAUUAGUUGAAGAUCUAAAUAAAGGAGCAAAGCCUGUAGUUGUCCUGCAAAAGCUGUCCUUGGAUGAUGUUCAAAAACUUAUUAAAGAUAGAGAGGAUAAAUCAAGAAGUUCCCUUAAACCUAAUAUCAAGAAUAAACCAUCAAAAUCAAAUAAAGGUAGUAUAGAUCAAUCAGUGUUAAAAGAAUUACCCCCUGAACUCCUGGCAGAAAUUGAAUCCACCAUGCCACUUUGUGAACGUGUGAAAAUGAACAAACGCAAGCGUAGUACAGUUAAUGAAAAGCCAAAAUAUGCUGAAAUCAGUUCAGAUGAAGAUAAUGAUAGUGAUGAAGCUUUUGAAUCCUCUAGGAAACGACAUAAAAAAGAUGAUGAUAAAGCUUGGGAAUAUGAAGAACGUGACAGAAGAAGCUCUGGGGAUCAUAGAAGAAGUGGCCACUCUCAUGAAGGAAGGAGGAGUUCAGGUGGUGGUCGUUAUCGAAAUCGAAGUCCAUCGGAUUCUGACAUGGAAGAUUAUUCUCCUCCUCCCAGCCUUAGUGAGGUUGCAAGAAAAAUGAAGAAAAAGGAAAAACAGAAGAAGAGGAAAGCUUAUGAACCCAAACUAACACCUGAAGAAAUGAUGGAUUCUUCAACUUUUAAGAGAUUCACAGCUUCAGUAGAGAAUAUUCUGGAUAAUUUGGAAGAUAUGGAUUUUACUGCAUUUGGUGAUGAUGAUGAAAUUCCUCAAGAACUGCUCUUAGGAAAACAUCAACUUAAUGAACUCGGCAGUGAAUCUGCUAAAAUUAAAGCAAUGGGUAUAAUGGAUAAGCUUUCAACUGACAAAACUGUGAAAGUCCUAAAUAUCUUGGAGAAGAAUAUUCAAGAUGGGUCAAAGCUUUCCACUUUGUUAAAUCAUAAUAACGAUACUGAAGAAGAAGAAAGGUUGUGGAGAGACCUUAUUAUGGAGCGAGUUACGAAAUCAGCAGAUGCCUGUCUUACAACUAUCAACAUUAUGACAUCUCCUAACAUGCCAAAAGCGGUAUAUAUUGAGGAUGUAAUUGAGAGAGUUAUACAGUACACUAAAUUUCAUUUGCAGAAUACACUUUAUCCUCAGUAUGAUCCUGUGUACAGAUUAGAUCCUCAUGGAGGAGGCUUAUUAAGUUCAAAGGCAAAACGGGCCAAAUGUUCUACCCAUAAGCAGAGAGUAAUAGUAAUGCUUUACAACAAAGUUUGUGAUAUUGUUAGCAGCUUAUCGGAAUUGCUAGAGAUACAACUUCUUACAGACACAACAAUUCUUCAGGUAUCAUCGAUGGGAAUAACACCAUUUUUUGUGGAAAAUGUCAGUGAACUUCAGUUGUGUGCCAUUAAGUUAGUAACUGCAGUAUUCUCAAGAUAUGAAAAACAUAGGCAGUUAAUUCUAGAAGAAAUUUUUACUUCACUUGCAAGAUUACCAACUAGCAAGAGGAGUUUAAGGAACUUCAGGUUAAACAGUAGUGAUAUGGAUGGAGAGCCUAUGUAUAUUCAGAUGGUUACAGCACUGGUUUUACAACUUAUUCAGUGUGUAGUACACUUACCAUCAUCAGAAAAGGAUGCUAAUUCAGAAGAGGAUUCAAAUAAAAAGGUUGAUCAGGAUGUUGUUAUUACCAACUCUUAUGAAACAGCCAUGCGAACAGCCCAAAAUUUCCUCUCCAUCUUCCUUAAAAAAUGUGGUAGUAAGCAAGGUGAAGAAGAUUACAGACCACUGUUUGAAAAUUUUGUUCAAGACCUUCUUUCAACAGUCAAUAAGCCUGAAUGGCCAGCUGCUGAACUACUCCUUAGUUUGUUAGGGAGACUGUUGGUUCAUCAGUUCAGUAACAAGUCAACAGAGAUGGCUUUAAGAGUGGCGUCCCUUGAUUACCUUGGAACUGUUGCUGCACGACUGAGGAAAGAUGCAGUUACCAGCAAAAUGGAUCAAGGGUCUAUAGAAAGAAUUUUAAAACAGGUUUCAGGAGGAGAAGAUGAAAUCCAGCAAUUGCAAAAAGCAUUGCUUGAUUACUUGGAUGAAAAUACUGAGACUGAUCCUUCACUAGUGUUUUCUCGUAAAUUCUACAUAGCCCAAUGGUUCCGUGACACAACUCUGGAAACAGAAAAAGCAAUGAAAUCUCAGAAAGAUGAAGAAUCAUCUGAAGGAACACAUCAUGCAAAGGAAGUUGAGACAACUGGUCAAAUCAUGCAUCGAGCUGAAAACCGGAAAAAGUUUCUUAGAAGCAUUAUUAAAACUACACCUUCUCAGUUCAGCACAUUAAAGAUGAACUCUGAUACGGUGGACUAUGAUGAUGCUUGCUUGAUUGUUCGAUACUUGGCCUCUAUGAGGCCGUUUGCCCAGAGCUUUGAUAUUUAUUUGACACAGAUCCUACGAGUUCUUGGUGAAAAUGCAAUUGCCGUUCGAACAAAAGCCAUGAAGUGUUUAUCUGAGGUUGUUGCUGUAGACCCCAGUAUUUUAGCAAGGCUUGAUAUGCAACGCGGAGUUCAUGGACGAUUGAUGGAUAACUCCACUAGUGUCCGAGAAGCAGCAGUAGAAUUGCUAGGUCGAUUUGUCCUUUGUCGACCUCAGCUUGCUGAACAGUAUUAUGAUAUGCUGAUUGAAAGGAUACUGGAUACUGGUAUCAGUGUCAGAAAAAGGGUAAUAAAGAUUCUAAGAGACAUCUGUAUUGAACAACCAACAUUUCCAAAAAUUACAGAAAUGUGUGUAAAAAUGAUUCGCAGAGUCAAUGAUGAAGAGGGCAUUAAGAAAUUAGUAAAUGAGACAUUCCAAAAACUCUGGUUCACUCCAACUCCACACAAUGACAAAGAAGCAAUGACAAGGAAAAUUUUAAACAUCACUGAUGUGGUUGCAGCAUGCAGAGAUACUGGAUAUGACUGGUUUGAGCAACUCCUUCAAAACUUGUUGAAGUCUGAAGAGGAUUCCUCAUAUAAACCUGUGAAGAAAGCUUGUACUCAACUUGUUGAUAACCUAGUUGAGCACAUUCUUAAAUAUGAGGAAUCUCUAGCUGACUCUGACAAUAAAGGUGUGAAUUCUGGAAGGUUGGUAGCUUGCAUAACCACUCUGUUCUUAUUCAGCAAAAUAAGACCCCAGCUUAUGGUUAAACAUGCCAUGACUAUGCAACCAUACCUUACCACUAAAUGUAGUACACAAAAUGAUUUCAUGGUUAUCUGCAAUGUUGCAAAAAUCCUAGAGCUGGUUGUACCACUAAUGGAGCAUCCAAGUGAAACUUUCCUUGCCACUAUUGAAGAAGAUCUAAUGAAGCUUAUCAUCAAAUAUGGCAUGACUGUGGUGCAACAUUGUGUCAGCUGUCUUGGGGCUGUUGUAAAUAAAGUGACACAAAAUUUUAAAUUUGUGUGGGCCUGUUUCAAUAGAUACUAUGGUGCCAUUUCAAAAUUAAAAAGUCAACACCAAGAGGACCCAAAUAACACUUCACUCCUAACAAACAAACCAGCACUUCUUAGAUCCCUUUUCACUGUUGGAGCACUGUGUCGGCAUUUUGAUUUUGAUCUGGAAGAUUUUAAAGGCAACAGUAAGGUUAACAUAAAGGAUAAAGUACUUGAAUUAUUGAUGUAUUUUACAAAGCAUUCAGAUGAAGAAGUACAAACAAAAGCCAUCAUUGGUCUAGGAUUUGCCUUUAUUCAGCAUCCAAGUCUAAUGUUCGAACAAGAGGUGAAAAAUCUAUAUAAUAAUAUUUUAUCUGAUAAGAACUCUUCAGUAAAUUUAAAAAUACAAGUGUUAAAAAAUCUCCAGACCUACCUACAGGAAGAAGAUACACGUAUGCAGCAGGCAGAUAGAGACUGGAAAAAAGUUGCAAAGCAGGAAGAUUUAAAAGAAAUGGGUGAUGUUUCCUCAGGGAUGAGUAGUUCCAUCAUGCAGCUUUACCUCAAACAGGUGCUUGAAGCAUUUUUUCAUACCCAGUCAAGCGUACGCCACUUUGCCCUAAAUGUCAUUGCAUUGACUCUAAAUCAAGGUCUUAUUCAUCCAGUUCAGUGUGUGCCGUAUUUAAUUGCUAUGGGCACAGACCCAGAGCCUGCCAUGCGCAACAAGGCUGAUCAGCAGCUUGUGGAAAUAGACAAAAAAUAUGCUGGCUUCAUUCAUAUGAAAGCAGUGGCUGGUAUGAAGAUGUCUUACCAGGUACAGCAGGCAAUCAACACAUGCCUAAAAGAUCCUGUAAGAGGUUUCAGACAAGAUGAGUCUUCUAGUGCUUUGUGUUCACACCUUUACUCCAUGAUCCGUGGAAACCGCCAACACAGACGAGCCUUUCUAAUCUCUUUACUCAACCUCUUUGAUGACACAGCAAAAACAGAAGUGAAUAUGCUCUUGUAUAUAGCUGACAAUCUAGCCUGUUUUCCAUACCAGACACAGGAAGAGCCGUUGUUUAUAAUGCAUCAUAUAGACAUUACACUCUCAGUUUCUGGUAGUAACCUACUGCAGUCAUUCAAGGAGUCUAUGGUAAAGGACAAAAGGAAAGAAAGAAAACCAUCACCUACUAAGGAAAAUGAGUCAAGUGAGAGUGAAGAAGAAGUUUCCAGGCCUCGAAAGUUACGGAAACGUGUAGAUUCGGAUUCAGAUUCAGAUUCAGAAGAUGAUAUAAAUUCAGUGAUGAAAUGUUUGCCAGAAAAUUCAGCUCCUUUAAUUGAGUUUGCAAAUGUCUCCCAGGGUAUUUUAUUGCUUCUAAUGUUAAAACAACAUUUGAAGAAUCUCUGUGGAUUUUCUGAUAGUAAAAUUCAGAAAUAUUCUCCAUCUGAGUCUGCAAAAGUAUAUGAUAAAGCAAUUAACCGAAAAACGGGAGUUCAUUUUCAUCCCAAACAAACACUGGACUUCCUGCGGAGUGAUAUGGCUAAUUCUAGAAUCACUGAAGAUGUGAAGAGGAGUAUAGUAAAACAGUAUCUAGAUUUCAAACUUCUCAUGGAACAUCUGGACCCUGAUGAAGAGGAAGAAGAAGGGGAGGUGUCAGCUAGCACAAAUGCUCGGAACAAAGCAAUUACCUCGCUGCUUGGAGGAGGCAGCCCUAAAAAUAACGCAGCAGCAGAGACAGAAGAUGAUGAAAGUGAUGGGGAGGAUAGAGGAGGAGGCACUUCAGGGUCAUUGAGAAGGUCAAAACGAAAUUCAGACUCUACGGAGUUGGCAGCACAGAUGAAUGACAGUGUUGACGUCAUGGAUGUCAUCGCUAUUUGCUGUCCAAAGUACAAAGAUCGACCACAAAUUGCAAGAGUAGUACAGAAAACCAGCAAUGGCUUCAGUGUUCAGUGGAUGGCAGGCUCCUACAGUGGCUCCUGGACUGAGGCUAAGCGCCGUGAUGGCCGCAAACUGGUGCCUUGGGUAGACACUAUUAAAGAGUCAGACAUUAUUUACAAAAAAAUUGCUCUAACGAGUGCUAAUAAGCUGACUAAUAAAGUUGUUCAGACUUUACGAUCCCUGUAUGCCGCCAAGGAUGGGACUUCCAGCUAAUGAAUUUGUACAUGCAGCCAAAUUUACAGGAAUUUUUUUUAAAGGCAGAGAAACUUGAAAUAUCAACAUUCUGGCAAAAAAAAAAAAAAAAAAAAAAAUCAGUUUUAUGAAGAGUAAGAAUGGAACCUGGGAUGCAGGAA